GGCAAACGGCAGUUGUUUGGCUUUUUCACCUUCCUAAUCAGUCAUCGCGCUUCCUCUUUUGCGGGUUUAAGUGGGUUUUGCUUUUGCGUAAGAAUGAUCGCAACUUUCGUUGUUUCUUUUAAGCUAAUACUUUACAAGUUACCUAAACCCGCCUUCAUGUUUCUUGGCAGCUGAUAUAUCCCCCAACUAAGUGUUAGCUUCCUUUGUGGUUGCCCAAAAGAAACAUGGUUUGCAUUUGACUAGGACACUUACUGUGUGUCGUGUUGACGACUCUGUUUUAGAUACAGGAGCUUACUCAAUUAUGCUGUUUCUCACCCUUUUUCUUUAUUCCAUUCUGCAGUGGCUUUGUUCAUCUAGUGUCAGAAUGACAUUACUUGUAUAGCUUGCUCUUCAGUCAGAACCAAAAUUUAGAAACAUGGGUGGGAUUUGUUCAAGGAAGAGAGACCAAGAUGUUCUUGGGGAUGGUAGUGCCAGCAGAGUUUCAGGGAGGUAUGGUAAAAGUGGGAGUUCGAAAUGGCUUCGCAACUCAUUUGGUCAUGUUGCCGUUGCUGACUGCCAACCAGGAGGAAAUUGUCCCUCUUUGAUGGAACUAUGCAUACAACAGAUAUGCAAGGACAUGGAAAGAUAUAAGUCCUUUUCUGUUCUUCCAAGGGAUAUAAGCCAGCAAAUAUUUAAUGAGUUGGUGUUGACUCAUAGUCUCAAUGACGAUUCUCUUGUAGCAUUUCUCGAUUGCGCUCUGCAGGAUGUUCAUUUAGGUGACUGUCCAGGGGUGAAGGAUAGUUGGAUGGAUGUAAUAUCUUCACAAGGAUCAUCUCUACUUUCCUUGGACCUUUCCUAUUCGGAAGUCACAGAUGCUGCAUUGGUUGGUCUGAAAGAUUGUUCAAACCUUCAGGAAAUGACUCUAAAUUAUUGUGAAAGUAUUACUGAGCAUGGCCUGAAACACAUAAGUGGCCUUAACAGCUUAACUUCUUUGAGUUUCAAAAGGAGUAAUGCUAUUACUGCUGAAGGGAUGCAAGCCUUCUCCAACUUGGUUAAUUUAGAGAAGUUGGACCUGGAGAGAUGCUCCCAGAUUCAUGGUGGACUUGUUCAUCUAAAAGGAUUAACAAAACUGGAGUCUCUUAAUGUUAGGUGCUGUAAAUGCAUUACAGAUCUGGACAUGAAAGCUCUCACUGGUCUCGCUAAUCUGAAGGAACUGCAAAUAUCCAAUUGUAACAUAACGGAUUUUGGAGUUUCCUUAUUAAGAGGUAUCCAGUUGUUGGACAUUAAUUAACCUUCUUUUUUGUCUGUCAACCUGGAUAGUGGACGCACUCUGCAUUUCCCCUGUUUCAGCCACUUCAGCUUCUUGGGAAGCUCCACCUAAUACUUGUUGGAGUGCUUUGUUGAUGGCUUCCUAGUAUUUUCCAGGUCUUUGCUAUAGUUUCUCUGCUACGGCACUUGGACAAUGUGUGAAAAACUUUUUUUUAUAAGGGUGAUAUAGGUUUUACUUUCUUGUAUUAAGGUACUACUUAAGGGAUUCGAACCUGGGACCUCCAGGUUCUAGGCUAGUGGUAUUACCACUAGACCAAACCCUUGUUCGUAAUGUGUGAAAUACUCUUACCCAGUCCGAAUGUGACACAUAAAAUCCUUCAAUCAAGUCAGAUAGGGAUUGUUUGGUAAUUCAUUGGUCAUCCUAUAUCAGUUUUCACGGCUGAUCUCGCCAUUACUUUUCAUACAUACGCCAGGUUUGGAGAAGAUUAUCAUGCUGAACUUGGAAGGUUGUAAUGUGACAGCUGAAUGUUUGGAUUCACUUGCAGCUCUUGUAAACCUUGCAUACUUAAAUUUAAGCAGAUGUGGGCUAUCAGAUGAGGGAUGUGAGAAGUUUUCUGAGCUGAAGAAGCUGAAGGUUUUGAGUUUGGCAUUCAACAACAUUACAGAUGCCGUUUUGGUCCAUCUAAAAGGCUUAAAGAACUUAGAGAGCUUAAACCUGGAUUCUUGUAAGAUUGGUAACGAGGGGCUGGCUAACUUGUCUGGACUUCCCCUCAAAAGCUUGGAGUUGUCUGAUACUGAAGUUGGCAGCAGUGGUCUUCGUCAUCUUUCAGGUUUGAAUCAACUGGAGAGCUUAAAUCUGUCUUUCACCUUGGUCACCGACGGUGGUCUAAGGAGAUUAUCUGGGUUGACUUCUCUUAGAUCACUCAACCUGGAUGCUCGCCAGAUUACAGACACUGGUCUUGCCGCUCUUACAAGUUUGACCAGUCUGACCCAUCUGGACCUAUUUGGAGCUCGAAUUUCAGAUGCUGGAACAAAUUAUUUGCGACACUUCAAGAAUCUUCAAUCCCUGGAAAUAUGUGGUGGUGGCAUAACAGAUGCUGGGGUAAAGAACAUCAAAGAACUUUCUCACCUAACCGUGUUGAACCUGUCACAGAACAGCAACCUGACAGACAAAACCUUAGAGUUGAUCUCUGGGUUGGAGGGUUUAGUGUCGCUGAAUAUUUCAAAUUCUCUGAUAACCAACAAGGGUCUGCAGCAUUUGAAGCCAUUGAAGAAUUUACACUCCCUAACCUUGGAGUCCUGUAAGGUGACUGCCUCCGAGAUAAGGAAGCUGCAGGUAACUGCACUCCCCAAUCUGGUAAGCUUUCGACCGGAGUGAAGAAGCGGGAUGUGUACCCUUAUAGCGAAAGGGGAAGGAACUACUUGUAAAUAUAGCUUGGUGAUGCUCUCAGCUGGUGGUGUUAUCCCACGUACAGUCUCUUAAUAAGUAUACCUACCGCCUCAUCUGGCCGAAGGGAAGUUUGAAGGCUAGCAAUAGGAAGCAAGCCAUGCAGAAAGAAAGCCGUCAAAGUAUGUAAAUAUAUUGGCUUUUCUCUGCUUGCUCGAACCAUCAAAUGAAAGUUGUGCAUACAUAGCAGUUUUAUCAAGUGGCAUGAAAAUGUUUGCCCUAGUUUCUGUGAUUAUCAGAACAUGGUCGGAGCAGAAUGGAACAAUAUAACAUCAACCUGCAGAAAGCACAGCUCGAGAACCUUCAUUCCUAUGACAUUCAGUAUGACAAAAUUGCAAGUCCCUGAAGUUUCUUCUUCAACAGAAAAAGGAUCUACAGCGUCAUCACCAGGAGGUUGGGAAACGGAGAAAGCUCCAAUUUGGAAAAUUCCAAAAACAGCAAACUCACAGAGCUUAAAAUUUGCUAGUAGACAGGAGCUGAUUAGUUAAGCUUAACCCAUGGAGUCAAAACUAGGAGAAAACCAGCCGAGUUGGUCAAUAAUUUGGUCGAGGCGUUCUUGCUGUCCCUUAGAGUCCCCUAUGGCGGUGGUGAAUGGAUAAACAAAGGUCACCUUUGUGGCCACACAUCUGUAAGUCACCACAACCCCUUUCACCAGGAAUUCCAAAAUGUCCCUUGUCCCAAAGAACCCAUCCACCUCUGCCUCCAAAUACCGCCCAUAAGGGGUAUUUUCAGUGACUCGAAUCUUGGGAUUCUUCUGGGUCAGCUGGAUUGCUUGCUCAACUAACCUUGACUGCGAAUUCCUCUGUGGCGGGAGUACUGUCAGCAGCAUCAGGGAUAGUCCAGGGGAAUGAAAAAGAUGAUGAUUUUGGAUUUGUUGAUACGCAGCCAGGGUUAGUUGAUGGGCAAGGUCUGAUCUUUCCGUCGAGGAGGCCAACUUGGAGGUUCUUGGACUGGGAGAAGGGAGUGGUGGGAGAGAGGGAAUUAGGAGUGUUGUUGUUGAGAGAUGGAAUGGCAUUACAGGGCAACAAUGGAGAAUUUAAGGUGAGGGCGAUGGCCAAGGAGAGGAGAUGAUUGGAGAGUGAUGGAAUUUUAGGGUUUUCGGCUGCUAAAGUUGGUGGGCGGUUUGGGAUUGGGAUUCUGGAGGUGGAAGAAGAAGAUGGCGGAUGUGGAAGAUGAAGCAGAGCAGCAGCCUGGCCAAUCAUCUCCAUUUUUCUUGCUGCCAAGCAGGAGUGCGCCUGAGUCAGAUGGCUCCGUUUUCUUUUAGCUUUAUCAGAUCAAGGCUCCCAUUUCGCCACGUGUCGUCCAUGAGGCGGCUCUCCCACUUCCACAUCUUCUCCACUGAACAAAAUCCCAACCCUUUUGUCUCUUCCCCUGCCUCUUCCGCCAUUGCUAGAGACUGGUCUAAAACAGAGGGUUCAGAUUUUAAAUGAGCUUGGUCUCAGAAUUGGCAACUUUUUUCAGUUUCUUACCUGCUGGAUUAGGGAGUUGGGCUUCCUGCUUGGCGGGGUUAAGUGGGUUUUGCUUUUGCGUAAGAAAGAUCAUAACUUUCGAGGUUUUAGCUUCUUUUGUUGGGAAAAUGCUAGUUUCUGCGGUUAUAGGAUCGUCAGAAUGGAACAAGCAUCCACCUAGAUAAAACAGAGCUCAAGAACAAGAACCAUCAUUCCUAUAACAUGUCCAGUAUAGCAAAAAUUGCAAGUUUGUCCCUGAAAUUCCUUCUUACACAGACCAAGGUUCUACUACUACAGCUUCUUCUUAACCAGAAUGGGAAACAUAGAUUUGCAAAUUUGAGACUAUAUAACUAUGGAGAUUACAGUCAAAUGCAGAACAAAUAUCCUGGUAUUCUACAAACAUAGAUGACUUUCAGACUACUAAGGAGUAAGGACAGCUUAUGAAAUAACAAGGGCAAAGGUAAGCAAAACAAAGUUUAUUUUGGAUGACAACUUUGAAUGAAUAACGAAUAGAACACCCAUUGUUCCUGCUGGUUAGACUAAAAGAACAAGUUGUGAGGCUAUGCAAAGUGAGGGAGCUAAAAACUGCAAACAACUUGCCAGCUUCCUUUCCUCGUGCCACGAGGUUGUAUUGAGAACGAGAGCCUAUCUUCUACAAAGUUGAAAUCUGCACACAACAAAAUCCCGUAUAACUAUUGUCACUUCUUCCCUAACCGAGUCCAAAGGUCUAAUCAAACACACCCUUAGUACACAAGUAACAACUAGAUCCUGUCAGAAGUUUCAAGAACAUCAUCAUGAGACCUCCAAGGCAUGAUAGAUCUUCGAAACUCUACGUCGUAGCAACGGCUCUAAACGGAACGAGUACACAUGACUCUGCCACUUCUUGGCUUCGUUCAUAUCAUUCCACGCCUGUACUAUCUCAUCAAUCUUGAACCCCAAUCCAUCCAUUGAACUAUCAUUCGAGAUGUGAUUCUUCAUCAUCACGCCAAUAUCAGUAGCAGAAGCUCCAGCCAGCUGGAACUUCUCGAGUGCAACUUCCAAACACUCUUGCCAAACUGGGAUCCCCAGUCUGUACUCCAUCAUGGACCGCUCGUAGAGAAUGGUGCCACGUAGGAGAUUCAUCUGUGACCUCAGAUCCUUAAUCCGCACAGCAGCAUCUUCUGCCGAUGUGUCUUUGAACAGAUCAUCCAAAAUCGUUCCUUGUAACACAGGCUUAAUCUUAGUUCUGUCUGUGAGAUGGGUAAUCCGUUGUGAUUGCGCAGCUUCCCACAUAUCCAUCCCUUUAUCCACAUUUCCCUCAGCACUAUUAUACAGUUCUAUGACCUCAGCAUAAGACCAAUUUGACAAGUCAACUUUGCAGCUGAGGGCAUAGUACCAAGUGAGCCUUGCCCUCUCAAACUGCUGCUGCCCUAAAGCCAGAAGACCCUCGUAAAAGUCUGGUUUUAUCCUCAAUGCUUCAGCAUACCUCUCCCCCGCCUCCAAGUACUCCUUCUUUGUCCAUUCGAAUGCCACAUUGAUUCCCUCAAGCAUUGCCUCUCGAGAGGCAUCAUCUUUGAACUCUAUCUUCUUCCUAGCUCUCGACAUGUGAACAUUCCCCCAGUUGAACAACGCUAAAGCCGCCAUUUCCUGGAAAUUCUCAGCUGCUGUGUUGAACAACCCCUGUGCUUCCUCACUAGUCACAGUCUCCUCAAUAGCCUCCGAAUAGACCUUUAUACCAAGGUCAUUGAGCCCGAAAUAGGAGUCAGUAUCAAGUGCCACAUGGUCUUUAAACAGCUUAGCGAACUCUACAAUCCAUUCAUCGAUGUAGCGCAUUCCCUUCUUGAUCUCUCUAUCUCUCUCCAUGUUCCAUGUCUUGGUGUCAACUCUCUUCAUUCCACCAUGCUUGAGUCUUUCCUCAAUCGGGUCUUGUUGAGGAUUGAUCUCGACCAGAUACAGCCUGAAUGAGCCGCCUUGUGGUGAUGAACAUGCUUCAGCUAAACGAAGCUCUUCAUCGGUAGUUAUGGUGAUCAAGUCUCCUUCUUGAUCCUUGUAUUUGAUGAGGACUGGGCCAGAACCAGGAAACCGGUCAGACACUACUUCUUUCAGCUCCAGAAGACUACAGUUUACCGGAACUUGAGCCAUUCUUAUAUCCUCUCUCAUCACCAAUUUCAUGCUCUUCAUAGGUCUAUUCUCUACCACAACCAAAGCUUCUUCAUUCCCAUCCUCAGACUUCUUCUCAUCAAUCUUCCCGUUCUUUUUCUUCCUCGGUGUCCUCUCUUUAGGGGCUUUUGGAAUUGGCUCAGCAUAGUCAGCAGGCAACUCGAUCGAUGUAUCAUUAACCUUGAGCCCUUUCUUCUCCAACGACUUCUUCACCCUCUCCCAAACCUCGAACGCCAUCACAUUUGCAGGCUCCAUCUUCAACACUGUCCCAACAUCUCUCAAUGCCAAGUCGAGGCGAUUCAGUGCCUCGUAGCACCUCGCCCUCUUGAGCAACGCCUUGCCAUACUUCGGUGUGACCUCCAACGCCAGGUUACACUCGUCUAUCGCUCUAGGGUACUGGCUUACCCCCAUCUGCAUGUAGCAGGCUGCCAUGUUGCUCCUCAGGUGAGAUACAUCGAUGUGGGUUUUCGGAAGCAGUUUGAUGGCCUUCUCGUACUUCUGAAGAGCUCCAUCGUGGUCUCUCCUCUGGAAGAGCUUGUUGCCUUCAUUUUUGAGCUCAUGGGAGAGGGAAAUGAAGACUUCUUCAUCUUUGUCCACUGUGGGGGACUUAGGGCUACUGAUUCCUCUUGCUUUGCCAUUCUGUUGCUGCUGCUGCUUCUGCUGUUGUUGCUUUCUCAUUGCAAUCAAGGUUAUCCACAGUGCUAGAGACCAGAAUCCCACACUAAUGGAUAGAUAGAACUUUAUAGUAUCCAGAACUUCUGAGCUUAGUAAUACUACUAUAGAAACAUAUCAUGAAUGAAUUCAAGAACCUAGGUUUCCCGUACGGGUCCAAAAGCCACACAAAUUAACACAAUUUCUCCACCACCCAACUCCCAAAAUCUCAACUUCUCCCUUCAAAUCUCAAAAGGGUUCCUUCCUCUCCAAACCAGGAUUUGUUGGUCGCUUGUGCGAACGAAAUUAACAAAUCCCAAUUCGGAGAAACAGAGGAAAUGAAGGAAUUCGCUUCUGAAAUGGGGGUUUCAGAGAAAGCAAAAGCAAAGAUGGAAACAAUCUACUGCAGCGAAUUGCGUGAACCGGAAGGAAAAGGAAGGAUAUUUGAGAAGAUAACUUAUCUGGGAAAUGAAUGAAAUUGGGGAAAAGUUCCUCGCUUGAGCUUCAAUUUUCCUGGGAAACAAAAAGAAAAUGGGGGAAAAGGAGAAACCGGCCUCUGUUUUUCACGCGGAUUUCAAUGCUUAACGUGAAAGCCACAGAAAUGGCAGUUGAUAAUCC